GUUGAGACUAUAAUCCCUUUAGAUGCUAGUUGUGAAGACAUUGAGGUUGAUAAGGAACUUUCAUUUCUCAAUGGCUACAUCCAACAAGCUAUCGAAAGUGGAGCGCAGCCUUAUAUUUCUGAGAGAGAACGCUUGGGGAUGUUUGAAACAACCGAUUACCAUCCCCAAGAUCAUCAUGAAGUUCCAUCUCAUACUCUUCGAUUCGAAGCCUAUGAACUUCCAAAGCCAUCAGUGCCACCACAAGCUUCGACCGAGCUUGUUCCAGUACCUGAGCCUUAUUACAGCGAGUCACACCAGCCAAUUUCAACAUCUUUGGUGUCUGAACGAGAGUCAUCAGAGAUCAAGCUGCGACUCGAUGGAGUUAAGCAAAAAUGGGGUAGACCGAGCUAUCAAUCAACCACAGCAGCUUCUUCCACUACUCAGCAAGCAGCAAAUGGUACCACUUCACACUCGGAUGGAGGAGUUGGUUCAUCUAGCUCAAAGCCUCGAAGCAGUUACGAACCAAAGAAACCAGAAAUCGAUCCCGAGAAACAGAGACUCGCUGCAUCCUUGUUUGGUGGAUCAUCAUCGUCAAGAGCUGAUAAAAAGUCUUCUGGUGGUCACAAGCCCACAAAAGGAACAGUUAACAAACCGGCAACUGUCCCCAAGGAAAAUCCAACCCCUGUUCAACCGCCACCAGACUUACUCGACUUAGGCGAGCCAACGGCUACAACUGUUUCAGCAAUGGAUCCUUUUAAAGAGUUGGAAGGGCUUAUGGAUUCUUCGAGCCAAGAUGGGGGUUCGAACGAUGUGAUGGGACUAUACUCGGAUGCAGCACCUGUGACCACAACCACAAGUGUCGACUCUCUCUUAUCCGAACUGUCUGAUAGCUCCAAAGGAAACUCACGCACGUAUCAAUCUCAAACCUCAAAAGGACCAAACACGAAGGAAGCUCUCGAGAAAGAUGCUCUUGUUAGACAAAUGGGUGUAAACCCAACAAGUCAGAACCCUACACUAUUCAAAGAUCUCCUUGGCUAGACGAACCAACCGUCCAUUCAUUAGCUCACCACCAUCAUCAUCAUCAUCAUCCCAUAUUUGGUAAUAUGUUGUGGGUUUUGGGGAUUACUAUGUUUCCAAUUCAAGAACAGCUUUUUGUUGUACCUAAGUUUCUUAUCGAUAGGAACUUAUAGUUUACAAAACACAGAAAGGUAAGUCACGCAUCGAGAUUUUUCAUUUUUUUUUUUUUGGUUUCUCGUUUAAUUUUGGAGUCAUCAUCAGGUAAUGGUUUUGAAUUCGUCUUGUUGUGUCUAUAGAACAUUUGUAUCAUCUUUUAUUUCUUAGAGGUAUUUAAUUUUUCUGUCAAAGAGUUCAUCCCUGUUGGGGACUA